AUGAAUACAAGUUUCUUCGCCAUUCUCUUUAUGUCUUUAACGAUUCAGUUGAUGAGUUAUGGAUUUGCGGGUUUAUUUUCAAAGCUCCUUGUAAAUUCUCCUUACAUGUGGUAUCCUUUUGUGUUAAGCGAUGUCUCGUUCUACAGGACAUUGCGAGAAGACGAGGAAUUUGUAAGGCCAAAAGGAGGAGUGACAAAGUUUCAGUUCUUCAUUAUAUCAAGUAUCAUAAGCUUUGCCUAUUAUAUGGUCCCAGGCUACUUUUUCCCUUCAAUUGCUGCUCUCUCUUUUGUUUGUUGGGUGUGGAAAGAUUCAGUCAUUGCGCAGCUUAUUGGCUCUGGUCGUAAUGGAUUUGGAAUGGGUUCUUUCACUCUGGAUUGGGCUUCAAUAUCAUUUAUUGGCCACCCAUUAAUCUUACCUUUGUCUACCAUCAUCAACAUGAUGGCUGGAUUCAUUUUGUUCUAUUAUGUUGUUACUCCAUUAGCAUAUUGGUUUAACUUAUACAACGCACAGCGAUUCCCAUUUUCGAGCACUACCUUUUACCAGUAUAAUGGUCAAGCUUAUAAUAUCUCGAGAAUCAUAAAUGAGCAAGACUUAACAUUCAAUCAAGAAAAAUACGAGAACUACUCCAAUAUUUACCUUGGUGUAGUUUAUCUCUUCUCCAUUGGUUUUGCCCUUGCAACUCUUUCUCAUUUUUGUCUAUUUCACGGAAGAGAAACAUGGAAGCAAUUUAAGCAAGCACUGAAUAAUAGUAGUAGAGCUGGAGAUAUCGAUAAUAGGCUAAUGAACAAGCACCCUCCUAGCAUCUUCUAUUUCUCUUGGAACAUGUUGGUGGAUACUUUCGAGCAUUGAGAACAUUUGUGAUCCUAAAAGAUUGCCAAAAGGUAGUCCUUGGACAUGCCCAGGCUUUAGAGCUAUAUAUGGCUCCACAGUCAUCUGGGGUGUUGUUGGUCCAAAUCGUGUAUUUUUUCCUAAUGGUUUAUACUCAAACCUCUAUUGGUUUCUGUUCUUUGGUUUCUUUGCAACUGUGUUUGUUUGGGUUUUGUUAAAGUCUUUCCCUCAAAAGAAAUGGCUCAAAUCUAUCAAUGUUCCUAAUAUAGUUUCUGCAAUGGUGUUUUGGCCUGUGGCUUCUGCUGCAAAUUACUGGAGUUGGUCUGCAGUUGAGAUUUUGUACAACGUUUUUGUGUACAGGAGGUACAAAAAUUGGUGGUCGACCUAUAAUUAUGUAUUGGCAAAUGCGCUUGACAUUGGCGUUGCUA